AUGGCCGAUAUAAAGCCCGCACGUACCAGCCAGGCUAUCCCGGAGACCCUGGACGGCUCGGAAACCGUUCAGUCUGGCCCGGCAGGCGGCGACGUCGAGCUCGAGACCGCCCUUCAGAGCCAUGUUCCCGACACGGACGCAGAGAAGCGCCUGGUGCGAAAGCUGGACAUGUACAUGAUGCCCACGCUCUGGGUCAUGUACAUCCUCGCAUACAUUGACCGUCAGAAUAUUGCAAGCACACCUUUCGGGGAAGUUGAGGGGGAUCAGGGAAACGCCAAGCUGGCUGGUAUGGGUGACGACCUGGGAAUCACCGACGGCCAGUACGCAAUGUUCCUGUCCAUCUUCUUCAUCGGCUACCUCAUCUGCGAGAUACCUUCGAACCUGGUCCUCACCAGGGUCCGUCCCUCGUACUACCUCCCAGGCAUCAUGAUCGUUUGGGGGACCAUCUGCGCCUGCAUGUCUGCCGCUGAGAAUUACGAGGGUAUGCUUGCCAUGCGCUUCUUCCUGGGCUGUGUCGAGGCCGGCCUGUUUCCGGGUAUCCUGUACGUCAUGACGUGCUGGUACAAGAAGUCUGAGAUUGGCAAGCGUUUCUCCAUCUUCUUCACAGCGUCCGUCUUCUCCGGGGCCCUGAGCGGACUGUUUGCCGGUGCCGUCACUGGCAACAUGGAGGGGGCCCGUGGAAUGCGCGGUUGGCGCUGGCUGUACCUGAUCGAGGGCGUUGUGACUGUAGGCUUCGCCUUCGUGCUCUCCCUCCUGCUGCUCGACUUCCCCGAGGACGAGAGCUGGAAGUUCUCGGCCGAGGAGCGCCGGCUGGCGAGCGUGCGGAUGAUACACGACCGGCGGACGACGGCCUCUCGGCACACGGCCAGGUUCACGCACUGGCAGGCCGUCAAGGCGGCCUUUUCCGACCCGCGCACCUACGUCUUCACCAUCCUCUUCGUCAUGGACCUGGGGUCGUGCACGAUAUCCUACUUCAUCCCCACCAUGGUCAGCAAGAUGGGCUACUCCUCCGUCACGGCCCAGUACAUGACCAUACCGGUCUGGAUGGUCGGCGCCGUCUUCCUCGUCGUCCUAUCCUGGACGGCCGACCGCACGUCCGACCGCCGCUGGCACAUCGCCGGCUGCCUGGGUCUCAGCUUCGUCUGCGCCGUGGUCUGCAUCGGCGUCGACAACCCGAGAGUCCAGUACGGGAUGCUGUGUCUCUACAUUGCGGGGCUGUACACCGCGCUCCCGCUCAUCCUGAACUGGACCUCCGAGGUCAUCGCCUUACCCGCCGAGAAGCGUGCCGUCGUCGUCGCCUUUGUCAACUCGGUCGGCAACCUUUCGGCUGUGUACGGUAGCCGACUCUGGCCCGCCGAGGAUGGCCCCCGCUUCAUCAAGGGGUUCGCCACGACCGGUGCUUUCACUGGCUCUGGAACCCUGCUGGCGAUUGCUAUCCCAAUCAUCUUCAAGUACCUGCCCAGCGAGGGUACUAGGGCUGAGAGGGAGAUUGUCGAGCACGAGAGGCAGGAGAAGGAACCUCAGGAUCUGGGGAACCGGGAUCUUGAGCAGGCUGGCAGUGUAUAG